AUGCCCCUGAUAUCGCCGCCGCUUCCAAUUGCCUCCCAGUACAGCGACAAGAGUCUUUUGGACCUUCGUCUCAUGCACCAUUACUGCGUCAACACCGCGCCGGGAUUCGCCGGCACCUUUCCCGAGAAAGUCCUGCAUGCAUUGCAGGUGGAAAUACCCGCACUUGCCUGCCAACAUCCGUUCCUCAUGGACGCCAUACUGCUAGUAUCCAUGGUUCAUCUAUGCUGCGCGGACUCUGCGGCGUUUGACAACAUGCCAGUCUACCAUUACCGCGACCAAGCGCUUAAGGCCCUGCGCUACGCUGUCGCCAACAUCUCUCAGGGCAAUGUUGAUGCUGUUAGAGGAGCAUCUGUUUUACUCGCACAAGUCUCGUUUGCGACCGAUCGGGUUACACAGCAGCCAGGCUUGUGGGUGACGAAUUGGAUGACAUUAACCCUAGGACAACGCAAUUUUAGAGGGCCGCCAUGGUCUUCACAGGACCACCAUGGACAGGAAACGUACAACUGUCGCACCGGUCGAUAUAGCUCAUCAGAAGGAAACUCAGUCGCUGAAAUCAUACCACCGAAUAUUCAUCGUGCUCUGGCGAGAGAGAACGAUGGGGAUGGCCCUGCAUCCAAGACGGUUCUUCAUACUGCUGCAACUGAGCUGGGCAGACUCAUAGCAAUAAUCCAGCUACCCUACAAGACAUCGGACCUUGAGAAGCAGGUAAAAGCAUGGUCUUUCGACCUGGUACCGCUUGAGUUCCACAGACUGGUCCAACAGGAAAACCCCAAAGCUCUCGUCAUUUUAGCUCACUAUCUAGUGAUUUUCAAGCUUCUUCCAGACACGUGGCUAUAUCAAGACCUCACCAACCACGACAUAGGAGAAAUAGACAAGUUGAUCUGUUCAGAUUGGGCGCCAUACCUUUCUGCGCCAAGAAUGGCAAUACACGUUCACAACAAGGAAGAUGUGAUACAGUUGCUCCGAAGCAGCCUAUUUCACAGCACCAGAGAGGCUCAAUAA